AUGGACGACUUGUGUGAGCAAGCCUCGAAGGAUCUGCAGCAGAAGUUGUUGCAAACCGAGGCCGAAGCCGUAGCCAGUGUCGACACGGUUUGUUCACCGCUCAGGCGACAGAAAUUCAAGCUCAUGGAAAUGCAGAAGCAAGCAGGUCAAGACGUCACAGCCAACUUGCAUCAGUGCUUGAGCGGGGUCGAUUUUCGGCGGGCUACCAGCUUUUGCCUCGUUCACAACAAGGAGUGUCCGAUCCCUGACACCCGGACUUAUGAGGAUCGGGGCAUGUUGACAAUGGCCAUUGCUGGGAUUUCCUGUCCGAUGCUCAGUUUGGAUUGGAGUUGUAUGGGAAGCAAGCACGGGCUUGUCGGCAAGGGCAACCAGGCCAACAUCAUGUGGGUCCGAGAGCGAUUUGCCAAACAAGAGACAGUCAUAUUUAUGGAGUGCACAAGUUUGUUCGACGAAAGCGAGGCUGUGACCAACAUGCUAUCUAGCAUAUAUGAUUUUCAGUCAAUCAUUGUGGGUCCUGAUGAUUUUGGCUUGCCAUGCACAAGACAGCGGAAGUUUUCAGUUGGCGUUCUUCGGUCGUGGGGAUACUUGGAUGCCACCCUUUCUGAGCUGGGCAGCUUCUUCAAGAUCCGCAGAAUCAGCGGUGACGUCUAUUUGACAGCACCCGUGCAAGAUGUAUCGGAGCACCUAGCAAGCCGAGCAGCUGAACGAGGCCUUGCGAGGUGUUCUACGAGCCUGCUAGAUGCUGCCCAGUUGUUGCCACCGGCCAUGGCGAUUAGGCGGCAGGUGUACCAGGAUCAGAUGCGGGAGCAGGGCCUAACUGUGGGGCUCUGCAUGCUUGGGCAGAACGCAGAAAGCUUCGGACACUUGAGUGAGACAUGUCCAGCUCUUCUGCGAAGUAGCACGGUCUGGUGCUUUGGCCGAUCUGCCGAGCGAGAGCUUUUGGCCAAGGAACACUUGGUACUGAUGGGACUUCCUGCAUAUCCCCAUAUCGAAGAGGCCACCGGGUACGCUUGUCCUUUCAAAGAAAUCUUGGAUGGCCCGACGAAGCUCUCAGACUCGCAAGUCAAAGCAUUGGCAGGGAAUUCUAUUUCGGUGCCGGUGUUUGGCCACUUGGUGACAUUUGUUCUUGCCCAUCUCCAGAAAGGAAGUCGGGCUGCGGUGAUGGAUGAAUGCGGUUGCUGA